AUGGCAUUGUGUCCAAAACCUUUAUCAUUUGAAAAAAAUAUUAAUGCUGCUACUAAUUCACAUUUAUUAACAAGAACUAAUAAAAGUGGCAACACUAAAUCAUCAAAUAUUAACAACAAAAACAUAACUACAACAUCAAACAACAAACGUGGUUGUGAGUAUUCAUAUCCAUCAACAACUUCAAACAAAAGAAUAUGCUUACAACAAUUAAGAAAAAAUAAUAGUAAUAAUUUACCAAGUAAUUACUACUCAUCUUCAUCAGAAGAAGAUGAUUCUGAGGAUGAACAAUCUUGUUAUUAUGCUGAUCAGAUGAGAGCAAAAAGAAGAGCAUCAUCAAGGAUUUCUUUCUCAUUAAAUCCAGAAUUAUCAAAAGCAAUUUCACAAUAUAGUGAUGAUGAAGAUGAAGAAAUCGAACAACAACAAUACUACAACAAUAAAAAAUCAAUUAUAUGUCCUAGAAGAUCAUCAGAUUCUUCUAUAAAAUUAAUGAAAUCAGAUGAAGAACAUGAAAAUUUAGAUUGUAAAUUUACAUCAAGUCCAAUUGGAUCUAAUUUAUCAUUAAAAAAAAUGCUUGUACAAAAUAAUAAUAAUAAUACUGAUGAUGAAUAUGAUUAUGAUGAUGAAGAAGAUUUAUUUGAAAGUGAUUCUAAUAUUCAAUCUGUUGCAAUUGCUGAUAAAAAUGCAAGAUCAAGAUGUUUUGAAUAUUUAAUUGGUGCUAUAGAUGAAGCUUGGGCAAGAUAUUGUGAUGCAACAACUUAUGUUGAAGAUGAAGUUCAUGGAUAUAUUACUCCUGCAUCAAUGGCAUCAGAUGAUGAAGAUAAAGAAUUAAUGAAUUUAAAACAAAGAUUAAUUAAUGCUAAAAAUUUUUUACAAGAUCAUAUUGAUUCUUUUGAUUUACAAGAAAUUAAAAAAUUUUGGAAUAGAUGGGAUAUUUCAAAAUAUGAAAUGUUAGAAGUAAUGGAAGAUGAAGAUGAAUUAUUGGAAAAAUUAGAAGCUGGUCGAUUUAAUUAA